AUGGCAGUGGCAUUUGGCAGGGCACCCUGUUCUUGUGCAACUUCUAUUGUUGUAGUUGAGGCCGGGCAGAGUUACUGAGGACAGCAGCUUUGUCACUGAGGCUGCACACACCCGCCUGUCACAUAGUCCUGUGAAAGAAAGAAACGAUCCCAGUUCCCAUUUAAUCGUUGGAGCCUUGUAGACUUGUAGCUGCAUUUUCCCCCGGAAGCGCUAAACUCGUUUAUGUGUCAUCUCUCAGCAAUGGGGCGCAGAAGAGGCGCUUGAGUAAUGUGGCCACUAGAGGGCGCUAAAGCCGUUCAUGAAAUUUGGUGACGGGGUGGAAAUAUUUUUUCCUUAAAAAAAAGUGCGAAAAAAAGUAAACAGCGCAUGGGGCAAUGGGCGUAUAUGAGCAGCCCCGAGGGACUGGUAUGCCUGUGGGUAGCGAGCUGCAUUUGUAAGGGGCAGCGCAUGGGACUGGGGACAUAUUCAACUGUGAUAGAAUAAGGGCAGAACACAUUAAAGUCAGAGCAGCCUCGGGGAGCACAAGUGUAUCGGGGAGCAGGGAAGUGAAAGUCCCGUCAUCCUCUGCGCGCCGAAGUUUGUGCCAGUGUUGGAGGGGCAGCUGAAUGCGCUGAGCCGGACUUUCUGCUCAUCAAUGGGAGCCGCGCUCCUCAGGCCCCGAGGGUUAUGCGUGCAACACGUGACUGUGAAGCGCUCCAACAUGCCGGGAUGUCACUAACUGUGCAGCUCUGAGCACCGGCCGGACUUGAGCGAGAUGGAACUGCAAGUCUUGUGCGGGCUCCUGUUUUGGCUCCUUCUGCCUGGCUCCCUCCUGGCAGCCUGUCUAUUCCGCUACAACUUCUUGUCACUGGUGUACCUGUUUUUUCUGCUGCUUCUGCCAUGGUUUGCUGGACCAAAUGCCUGCAGCAUGAGAGGUCACACAGGACGGCUGAUGAAGGCUUUACUUGCUACCAGCAUCCUCUUCCUCUGCACUCAUCUCGCCUUCCAGGUCUGCCUAUACACGAUACCUGAAUUGGAUGACCUGCUAGGACACAACUGCAGCAGCUGGGAUUUGUUGGCUCGUCAUGUAGGUAUAACCAGGUUGGAUCUUUCUGAUAUCCCCAAAACAGUGCGUUUGGUGUCGCCAGAUUUUGGCAUGCUUGUUGUGUCGGCAGUGUGUCUGGGCUUGUGUAAUCGCCUGGUGGCGAAGAAGAGACGGCAGAGGUCUGCAGCCCAUUUUGAGCAGGAAGAAGAAGAAAGGACUGAGCUUAAACUGACAGAUGGACGUGGAGAAUGUGAUACAGAGUUUGAGGUUAGGGGCAACAUACAGUCUGAUCCACAAGAUAACCUACUUGGGCCCUGGGUUAGGAAGGCAGCAUACAGGCUUCUGGAGGCGGUGGGGAAAUCGCUUGCCAUCUUGCUCUUGGCUCUUGCAGGCAUCACUGUUCCCUCUGCCUUCUCAGCCCCAUAUUAUGUGAUUUUCAUUGGUCUCUGCACAUGGUGGGCCUGCCAUUUUCCGAUUAGCCACCUAGGAUUUAAUACCAUCUGUGUCAUUAUUGGAUUCUUCACUGGAGGUCACAUGAUCUGCCUUUAUAUCUACCAGACACCUUUCAGCCAACAAAUGUUUCAUCCUGACCAGUUAUGGGCAAGGUUGUUUGGGUUGCAUGACAUCAUCAGUCACUCCAAUGUUACAGACUGUACCCAUGACCCUCUGAAUCAAAACCUUGACUGGCCAUUGUAUGUCCAUCCUGGAAUUUUAUUACUACUUUACUACUCCGUAAUAUCUAUACUGAAACUGAAGAGCUCUGACAAAAAAAAGAUUUCAGGGUGUGACCUCCAGAAACCUCAGCAGGAGGAUUUGGAGUUGACUGAUAUUGAGCCACAUAAUACAGGAGAAGAGAUAAGACCAAUGCUUGAGAUGAUGAACACUGAAGAGGAGGCUAAACCCCAAGACUGCACUGUUCACGUGAUCCAAAGAAAUUCUGAUCAACUACCAGGUACAGAAUCUUACCCAGAAGCCCAGUGUUGUGUUGUGGCAACCUUUCAAGAGCUUGAAACCAAGGAACAGUCACCAUUUCACCUGCUGAUUCAUUUAAUAUUGAGACAAAGCUAUAUCUGUGCACUUAUUGCUAUGAUGGUGUGGAGCAUUACGUAUCACAGCUGGCUCACCUUUGUUCUGCUGCUUUGGGCAUGUGUAAUCUGGAUGGUGAGGAACAGGUGUCAGUUUGCAAUGCUGUGUUCUCCCUUUAUUCUGCUGUAUGGAGUGACUCUCUGCAGCCUGCAGUAUGUCUGGAGCAUGGAUUUGAAGGAAGAGCUCCCCACACAGCUUGGCUUUAUGAAGCUGUCACAGCUGGGACUGGUUCGUGCACCAUACCCCUGCCUGAACAUGGGAGCACUGCUUCUCUACACACUGACAUUCUGGCUGCUGCUGCACCAAUUUGUAACAGAAAAACUUCUAAAACGUAAGAAGUGUAUGUCCCCGCUACUGGAAGUGACUGUGCCAGUGACUGAUGCUGGCAAAGAAAAGAACCUGCUAAAAAGUUUCGGGGAGCAAGUGAAGAGCUUCUAUUCCAAAUACUGGAUCUAUGUGUGUGGAGGCAUGUUUAUUGUGGUCAGCUUUGCUGGCAGACUGGUAGUAUAUAAAAUAGUCUACAUGCUUCUGUUCCUACUCUGCUUAGUGUUUUUUCAGGUUUAUUACUCCUUGUGGAGGAAGCUGCUGACUUUUUUCUGGGGGCUAGUUGUAGCUUACACAAUGUUGGUUCUUAUCGCCAUCUACACCUUUCAAUUCGAAGAGUUCCCUGCGUACUGGAAAAACUUGACCAACCUUACAGAUGAGCAGUUGGGUGAUAUUGGGCUUGAGAGGUUUAGUGUGUCGGAACUUUUUACCAGCAUCCUUAUCCCAGGCUUCUUCCUCCUUGCCUGCAUUCUCCAGCUGCACUACUUUCACCGCCCUUUUAUGCACAUGACAGACUUGGCGCAUGCCUCAUCCCGAGGAAGUUUCCAAAGCCAGGAGAGUGGGCAGCCAAAAGCAGAAGAAGAAGAAGAAGAAGAGGAGAAAGCUGGUGCUUGUAGUGUUGCUGAUGAUGGGGAAGAGGAGGAGGAAGAAUCUGCACAUGAAGCUAAUCUAAGUAAAUGGGACCUGGUGACUCAGCGCCUCUCUGUCCUGUUCUUCAAGUUCUCAGAACUGCUGCACCAACUACAGGUUUUCCUUUGGAGACUUUUGGAGCUUCAUGUGUUGAAACUGGUGGCUUUGUAUUGUGUGUGGGUGGCCCUGCAAGAGGUAUCUGUGAUGAAUUUCAUUUUUGUGGUCCUGUGGGCAUUUGCUAUGCCUUUCUCCCGAUUCCAGCACAUGGCUUCCUGUCUUUGCACCAUCUGGACUUCUAUUAUCAUUGUUUGCAAAAUGCUUUACCAGCUUACUGUUGUCAAUCCCUUGGAGUACUCUAGCAACUGCACUCAGCCUCUUCUUAAUAGCACCAGUCUGCUAGAGGAGGAGAUUCUGAACUCCACCCUUUACAGAACGCCUAUAGAUCCAGCAAACUGGUUUGGUAUCCGGAAAGGUUAUCCAAACCUAGGUUACAUUCAGAAUCAUCUGCAGAUCCUCCUACUUUUGGUAUUUGAAGCAAUUGUUUAUCGGCAUCAGGAGUUUUACCGUAAACGAUACCAGCUUGAGAAGCCACACAUUCAGGCUGUAUUCCCAGAUGUGUACAGAGAGCACUUGGACCAAGGCUUAUUCAGCUGUAUCAAAUAUUUUAUCAACUAUUCCUUUUAUAAGUUUGGUCUUGAGAUCUGCUUCCUUCUGACGGUGAAUGUGAUUGGUCAGAGGAUGAACUUUAUGGUAAUCUUUCAUGGCUGCUGGCUGAUUGUGAUUCUUACUCGACGGCAGAGAGUCAGCAUUGCAAAAUUAUGGCCUAAAUACUGUGUGUUCCUGAUCUUUUUCCUGCUGUGGCAGUACGUGAUCUGCCUGGGCAUUCCUCCAGUACUCUGUAUAGAUUAUCCCUGGAGGUGGGACACAUUUGUUCCUGUCAACUCUGCACUGAUAAAAUGGUUAUAUCUUCCAGACUUCUAUACUACACCCAAAUCUGUCAACCUUAUCAGUGAUUUUGUUCUGCUGAUUGGGGUGGCCCAGCAGUGGAAGGUGUUUAUCAAUGAGAAAAAGGAAGAAUGGUACACUAUGGCAGGGGAGAAUGUGGAAGAGAUUGAAGCUCCAAAAGAUAGACCCAACCCAGUACCUAAUUUCAUCAAUUGUCAGUCUUAUCUGGAUAUGGUAAAAGUAGCAGUUUUUCGGUACCUCUUCUGGUUUGUCUUGGCUGUGGUCUUUAUAACAGGAGCCACUCGCAUCAGUGUUUUUGGCCUUGGAUAUUUGAUGUCUUGUUUCUACUUUCUCCUGUCUGGUACAACCCUUCUGCAAAAGCCAAUGAAAGCUAAGCUGGUGCUUUGGGACUGUCUGGUCCUCUACAACAUCACUGUUAUACUGUCCAAGAACAUGCUGUCGCUCCUGUCUUGUGUAUUUGUCCAACAAAUGCAAACCAACUUUUGCUGGGUGAUCCAACUCUUCAGCCUAGUUUGCACAGUUAAGGGUUACUACAACCCCCAAGAUAUGAAUAAAGACCGGGAUUGCUCCUUGCCAGUAGAAGAGGCUGGAAUCAUUUGGGAUAGCAUCUGCUUCUUAUUUCUCCUUCUACAGCGAAGAGUUUUUCUGAGUUGCUACUUUCGGCAUGUUGUUCUAGACCUUCGUGCAUCCUCCCUUCAAACUUCAAGAGGUUUUGAACUCUUCAUGGCCAGCAUCAGGAAGAAUGUGUGCUUCCACCAAGAAUCUGAGCGACGAUCUCUCAGCCAGCUCAAGAAACAAAUGGAGAGGAUUCGAGCAAAGCAACAACGUUAUCAUGAAGGCAGAAGACAAAAUGAAAGCAAAAAAGAAAAGGAAGGUGGCAGCAAUAAAGGGUCCUGUAAGCAAAAGAUCCAUUGGAGCCGUCCAUGGUUAGACCACGCCUCAGUGCUGCAUUCAGGAGAUUAUUUUCUGUUCGAAUCUGACAGUGAAGAGGAUGAAGAGUCUUUACUGGAGCAGAAUCAGAGGUCACCCAAGCAGAGUGCUUUUCAGCUUGCAUACCAGGCAUGGGUUACAAGUGCUAAAUCUGCGCUGAAGGAAAGAAAGAGUCAACAGAAACAGAGAUCUGAAAUGGUGGAAAUGAUCGUGGUAGAGAAUAGUGAAGCAGGUGAGGAAACUGAGUCUCCAACUCAGGAAACAAAAGAGAGAGUUGAGGAUGAAGAUCCGAAUGAAGAGAGAGCAGGAGGAAGUAAUGUGGUACAGCGUAUCCUUGAUGUGUUAAAGUUUCUUUGGGUUCUUCUGCUUGCCAUGGUGGAUGGACUGAUCAAUUGGCUAGGAACCCUUACAAAGCAGCAUGUUGAUAUGUCCACAGUACUGUGGGUGGAGAGAUACAUCAUAACUCAAAAACUGUCUAAAGGGGGAGAUAUCAACCGCAAGGAUUUGGAAAAUAUAUAUGGGACAGUUCAGGAUCUUAGGGGGCCCAAGGUAUCAUCUCCCCAAACUGAUUUUCAAACAAGCAUUGCUUCAAGUGGCUGUGAAGAAGAGGAGGUUAUCAGCAGCACAGCAGAUUGUACAGAAAAUACUACACAACUCAGCACUGGGUACAACACACUAAGUAACAGCUUGGACUCUAUUAGGGGGUCUCAGGAAAUCAAGCCAACUCAUCGUUCUCGUACUGCUAGUGAAUUGCUGCUUUCCAGGCCACUUGAUUAUCCAGAGCUGCUAGAGUCUCAGCACUUCUUCCAGUCUCAGAGUCGUAUUUUGAGGCUACUAUUAGCCCUCUAUAACUUUGUGGCCUGUCACUCUGAGCUGCUUUGUUACUUUAUCAUCAUUCUCAACAACAUGGUGAGCGCUUCGCUGAUAUCACUGGUCCUCCCAGUUCUUGUCUUCCUGUGGGCUAUGCUGUCCAUCCACAAACCCAGCAAGCGCUUCUGGAUGACUGCCAUCAUUUUUACCAUGGUUAUGGUGGUAAUAAAAUACCUCUUCCAGUUCGGAUUCUUCCCGUGGAACAAUUAUACCAUUCUGGUACGCAAUGAAGGAAAGCCGUAUUUUCCUCCGCGUGUCCUGGGCCUUGAGAAGAGUGACUCGUACAUCAAAUAUGAUCUGAUCCAGCUCUUGAUGCUCUUUUUUCAACGCUCGCUGCUCAUGAGUUAUGGUCUCUGGGACCGUAAAGACUUAGACCUUGAAGAGAGAACACAAGGGAAGGAUAAAGAGAGCAAAACAGACAUACACACAUCCCAGGAUUUGGAGCCAGCAGGAAGCAGCAGCUCCUCCCUGCGUCAGCGCAAAAGAAAAGAGUCCCAGGGUAGUGUGCAAGAUAGAGACUCUUUAAACGAGAAAUCAACAGAUGUGCAGAAGAAAAGAAAAGAAAGAGCAGCUCUUAGAGUGAAGACGAUGGGGAUGAAAAUACAGCAGUUCUUUACCUACAUGGUGCAGAAUGUAUAUCAGCCAGUGAAAGCUUUCUUCCAUGAUAUUCUACAUACUAAGUACCGUGCUACAACAGAUAUGUAUGCCUUUAUGUUCCUCGCAGAUGUGGUUGACUUUGUGAUCAUCGUAUUUGGGUUUUGGGCUUUUGGAAAAUACUCUGCUGCUGCUGACAUUGCAUCAUCUCUGUCUGAUGACCAAGUACCAGAAGCUUUCUUAGUCAUGGUCCUCAUUCAGUUUUCCACCAUGGUGAUAGAUCGUGCUCUGUACCUGCGAAAGACUGUGCUUGGAAAGCUGAUCUUUCAGGUUAUUCUGGUGAUUGGGAUACAUGCCUGGAUGUUCUUUAUCUUGCCUGCAGUCACAGAAAGGAUGUUCAAUCAGAAUACUGUGGCUCAGCUCUGGUAUUUUGUUAAGUGCAUUUACUUUGCCCUGUCUGCCUACCAGAUCCGCUGUGGGUAUCCUACCCGCAUACUGGGCAACUUCCUUACCAAGAAGUACAACCAUUUCAACCUAUUCCUAUUUCAGGGGUUUCGCUUGGUUCCUUUUCUAGUAGAGCUCAGGGCUGUUAUGGACUGGGUUUGGACUGAUACCACCUUGUCCUUGUCCAACUGGAUGUGCGUGGAAGACAUUUAUGCUAAUAUCUUCAUUAUCAAAUGCAGCCGUGAGACUGAAAAGAAAUACCCCCAACCCAAGGGGCAGAAGAAAAAGAAGAUUGUGAAAUAUGGAAUGGGAGGUUUGAUCAUAGUCUUUCUCAUCUGUAUAAUUUGGUUUCCCCUGCUCUUCAUGUCAUUGGUGCGCUCAGUGGUGGGAGUCGUCAACCACCCUAUAGAUGUCACCGUUACUUUUAAACUCGGGGGUUAUGAGCCCUUAUUCACAAUGAGUGCACAACAACAGUCUAUCCAGCCAUUUACCCCACAGCAAUAUGAAGAUCUCACCUAUCGAUUUGAGAGACAGCCGACUGCCAUGCAGUUUAUUACUUUGUAUAGCUAUGAGGACCUAGUGACUGCGAGAAUUGAGGGAAGUUCAGGAUCUGUAUGGGGAAUCAGUCCUCCAAGCCGUGAGCAAAUGAGAAAGGAGCUGCAAAAUGGAUCAUCCGACAUCACACUCCGCUUUACCUGGGAUUUUCAAAGGGACUUGGCAAAAGGUGGCACUGUUGAGCACACGUCUGAGAAACACACUAAAGACUUGGAGUGUGGGGGCCAGGAGAGGAUGGAGCUAGCAGAUCUUCUUCAAGGAGUACGAGAUACCCCUGUUGUUAUUCAGCACUUGUUUCCAAAGUACAUUCGUGCUCCUAAUGGCCCAGAAGCCAAUCCAGUGAAACCGCUCCAGCUAGAUGAGAAAGAAAGUUACCUGGAUGUGGAGGUGCAGCUGAAUCGGAUGCGUGUUGCAGAGGGAAAUGGCACCAACAGUUUUGUGGAGUGGUGGGUCAUUACAUUGAAAGACUGCGAGGACGACUGCAACAUACUACCGAUGGUGAUUUUUAAUGAUAAAGUCAGCCCCCCUAGUUUAGGAUUCCUGGCUGGAUAUGGGAUCAUGGGUCUGUAUGUGUCUAUUGUGCUGGUCAUUGGGAAAUUUGUGCGUGGGUUCUUCAGUGAAAUCUCUCACUCCAUCAUGUUUGAGGAGCUGCCCUGUGUGGAUCAGAUUCUCAAGCUGUGCCAGGAUAUCUAUGUGGUGCGAGAGCGUGGGGAAUUAGAACUGGAAGAGGAACUGUAUGCAAAACUCAUCUUCCUAUAUCGCUCACCAGAAACCAUGAUCAAAUGGACUAUAGAGAAGGAUUAAGACUUUCUUUAUUGGUGCGGAGGGAGCAUUUACCUACUACAGAAUAAAACACUGAGCUGUAUGAAUCUUACAGGAAAGCAGAGAAAUAACUGGCGUGAUUAAGCACGAAUAUGCACAGAAAGACACUACAGGUUGGUGCUAAUGAAAGAUAUGACUUGUAAAACAUCUAAUCAACACUUAAUGUCCAGGUGUAACUGCUCACAUGUCCACUUUGUAUUGGCCUAUAUAAAAGGAGAGCAGUAACUGUUGUCUCAAGGUGGGUUGUGAUUCUCAGCAAGCCUGGAGGAUUCUCACUUAAUAUAUAUAUAUAAAUAUAUAUAUAUAUAUAUAUAUUUUUUAUAUAUGCUGCUCGAUAUUGGAGGACUUCACUCAAGCAAAAAUGUAAGUCUCAAACUGACCUGGACGGUUUUCUUGGAUAUGAACUGAGCCUGACUUCAUGAAUUCUACAUGUGAUUGUUCCAAGCACCUUGUAGAGAAAGGAGUCUUUACAGCGACUGUUACAGCAGAAACUGUAUGCACUGUUCCAGAUCCAUCCUUGCGCUUGUUUUCCAGAGAUGGUGGGUCAAAUGGUGAUCAUUGAAAUGGCUGGUAUCUAUGCCUCUUCCCACUUACUGUGCCAAAGACUAUACUCGAAUGUGCAAUAAUACUGCAGGAUAGGAAGCACUUGAAAAGACGAAGGAAACCCAAAUCAGGGGCACCUCCUUGUGACUAAAAUAGGAUACUUUCUACUCUGCACCAAUGCCCCUCUUAAACACACCAGCUUGGAGUCAAUUUCAGAUGUGCAUGGUGCCACCAUCUUUAUUCCAUUUCCCAUGAAUUCCUUGAUGGGCACAUAUGGUGUACACUAAAGUCUGGAAAAUAAUUAUGGUGGAUACCAGCCCCAGGUAGAAUGUAAGCAAUUGUAAUCACUGUAGGAUGCCUGACAAACUGGGUUUCCUUCUCCUGCCUUUUUAAACCAAACCAAAAUCAAUGAGAUUGAAAUUUAAUAUUAAAAAAUAAAAAAGCUUAUUUGAAGUAA